AUGGACAUUGACUAUUGCUUUUUUUACACCGGAAAUGAUGGAAAAGUGCCUGGAAAUUCUUUGAAUACAUUGAGCUUUGUUGAUAACCUAAGUUAUCUUGACAUAACUCCAAGGUCAGGUUGGAGCUCAGAUUUUUUGUUUCACGUAAUACAUCAGAUACCUUUCUUGGGAUACAUUGGAAAUGGAUUCACUUUUGGCAAAUAUAAAAUACUCAAGGGACGCAGUUAUUCCCUUAAUGAGUUUUGCGAAGAAAUGGCGACGACCAGCUACAGCUUGGACCAUUACCGCUGGUAUGCUUUUCGUUUAUAUCACCGAUUGGAAAACGAUAUGCACUCGGAUUCCAUUUUAUAAUCGUAAAUUCUUGGAUUCAGAUGAAUGAAACAUUGUUUAAUUUCAAAGCGACCCGAAGACUUAAAAAUAAGGAAGCACGCAGUUCCUCAGACAUUCUUCCAGUCAACUAGUUGAUACUAUAACACAGUGGUCUAGACAUUUAGCAUAUUCCAGAAUACAUAUUUAUUAGAAUUAAAACUUCUUUUAAAAAGGGAUAAAUUGUUUCAUUUUGGUUCUUUAAUUAUAGUUUCCCUUAAAAAUAUCAGCAAAAGUGUUAAGUCGAUGUGUUCUCAGG